AUGCCUUCUGCCGGGCCACCUUUACCGCCCGACAUACUCGUUGACGAGGAGAUCUCGCCAGUAUACAAUUCCAAGUACUUCUAUCCAGCGAAGCCGGGAGAGGUACUCGGCGACCGUUACCAGACUCUGGUAAAGGUUGGCUGGGGCGUGUCUUCAACGGUAUGGCUUGCGCAGAUUGAGGAGCCCGGGAGCAUUGUGGCACUAAAAAUUGCUAAUUACAAUGCAAGCUUUGCUGGUCAUGAGUGUGAAGUUGAAGAGCACAUCUCUACGGCAGACCCAUCGCAUCGCGGCCGCUCACUCAUCCGAACAUUACUGGACUCUUUCCAAGUUGAAGGCCCAGAAGGUUCUCAUUCAUGUCUUGUGUAUUCGCCAAUGAGGGAGCCACUAUCGAUGUAUCAACGGCGUUUUGAUGAGAAAAAGAUGCCAUUGCCGCUCGUCAUAACAUACAUCCGUGCCCUUCUUACGGGCCUCGAUUAUCUUCACAAAGAUUGCAGGACUGUUCAUACAGGUAACUCGAAAAAUAUCAUGGUCUCAUUUGAGGACCCAACUGUUCUUGCUGAAUUUAUUGAAUCUCAGCUUGAAAAGCCAAUGGCCUUUAAGGUCGAUUCGACAGGGCGACCAGUGUAUCAGUCUCGUAGUGACUUCGGGCCACUCAAAAGCUUGAGAAGUAUACCACAGCUUGUUGACUUUGGCUUGGCAACGAGACUCGAAGAAGAUGAUGAUUGGGGUGUCUGGCCUAUUCAGCCGGACCACUAUCGGGCACCAGAGGUCAUAUUGGGUAUUGGGUGGCAAAUGCCUGCAGAUAUCUGGGAUUUUGGUGUUCUGCUAUGGGAUUUGAUUGAAGGCACAGAGCUAUUUCAGCAUAUCCAUGAUAAACAAGGUCGCUACAAUGCUAAACUACACAUGGCUGAAAUGGUGGCUUUACUCGGCCCACCCCCUCCAGAGAUCUUGCAAAGGUAUCAAUACAUGCGAGAAUACCCGUGGCCGGAACCUGUUAGACGAGAAGAUGACAGACUAUGUGAGACCGCAGAGGAGUACUUCGAUGGGCCAUUCUUUGACAACAAUGGUCGCUUUAUAUGCGAAGACUUAAUUCCCAACCGAACAUUAGACAACGCGGUUUCCUUUCUUGAUGAAGAGGAGAGAGAUAGUUUCGUUGACCUUGUCAAGAGAAUUCUGGUUUGGCACCCAAAUAAGAGACGAACGGCAGGCGAACUGGCCGCACAUCCUUUUCUACAACCCAAGCAAACGAUUACUUGA